GCCAGAAGCAUCACACCUUAGGGCGUGGCAGGGAAUUGGCAACAAUCACCUUCUAAUGUUUGUUGGUUUUUUUCCUCCCUGAAAGGCUGCAGAGCCCAGCUGGCUUUUUACCUUUUCCUUCUUUCCCUAAAGCCUUGCAGCGAGUGUAACAGGAUAAUAUCUCACACUUCCCCCUGGCUCAGUCUCCCUCCAAGAAUUUCUUCAAGAUCUGGCACAGAGCUAAAAGUUCCAGGUCAAAACUCCGUGACAAUUAGACAAUUGCCCUGCAGAAGUAGUAAUUGUUCUUUGUAUUGCAGCAGAGCCGAGGGAAUCAGCCCCACGUUGUAUUUGACGCUGCCUCACCUGCAGGGAGAGCCGGGUCAUUGCAGACCUGUGUGCUCAGCCCAGGCAAUGCCAGCCAUCCCUGCCGCAGCCAGGGGAUGUGUGCUGUGCCUGCUGCUCCGGGGGGGAUGGUUGAACUGCUCAGAGCAGUGUUCCUCAUCCCUCCAAACACCCCUGACAGGCACCCGAGAGCAGGUUUAUCCCCGAGGGAACUGCUCUGGGACACCACAGUUCCUGUGUUUCUGUUGGAGCAUUUUCUCAGGCUCAUGGACUCGUGUUCACCACAUUCCAGUUCUGGGUUUUUUCUCUGUUCUUUGUCUUUCUGGAGUAUUUUUCCCUUUUUUAUCCUGCUGCACAGGAGCCUCAUGGAUUUCCCUCUUCUUUCCCUUUCCUGCCUCCCUUUCCCCUGUGCUGAUGGCCCAGGUGAGGAAUCCCACCCUCAGCCCAGUGCAGUUGCAAAGGGAUUGUUGUUUGCACCACUUUCCAUCUCAUGUUCUUGGAGCAUUUUCCCACAGAGUGCUGGAUAGGAGAGAGCAGGGCAGCUUUAGGGAACAGCAGACACAUUCCUGGAGUCAGGCCAUGCAGCUGCUCUGCAUGAUAAAUGGGAGUGACAGGCAGGAUCCUCCUCCUGGCAGCAGGUCCCAGGGCUCACCUGGGCUGACUCCCCGAGCAGGGCAGGAGCAGGAGGAGCUCCUUUCUCCCCCUGUGCCAGCAGCCAGGCAGGAGGCAGAGAGCCAGGCUGCCUCUCGGGCCAUGGCUGCGGCCAGGGAGCGGCAGCUGGGCAGCCUGACCGUCUUCAACAGGGAGGAUUUCGAGGAUGACUGGGUGAAAGUGGCCAGUGGAGGCUUUGGGCACGUGUACCAGGUGAAGCACAGGAGGUGGAGGACAGUUUAUGCCGUGAAAUGCUCCCCGUACCUGCUGCAGGACUCCGGCAUGGACAGGACCAGCAUGAACUGUCUCAUGGAGGAGGCAACCAAGAUGGAGAAAAUCAAAUUCCAGCACAUUGUCACCAUCUACGGGGUCUGCAACAGCCCUCUGGGGAUAGUGAUGGAAUACAUGGCCAGAGGGUCCUUGGAGAAAAUCCUGCCCACUCACAAAAUGUCUUGGCAGCUCAAAUUCCGGGUUAUCCAUGAGAUGGGCUUGGCUAUGAACUUCCUGCAUAGCAUGACACCCCCUUUGCUGCACUUGGAUCUCAAACCAGGGAACAUUCUCCUGGAUGGGAAUAUGCACGUCAAGAUCUCAGACUUUGGGCUUUCCAAGUGGAUGGAGCAAUCCAGCAGAAUGCAGUACAUCGAGAGCUCUGCUCUCAGGGGCACUUUGAGCUACAUCCCCCCCGAAAUGUUCCUGCAGAACAGCAAACCCCCGGGAAUCAAAUACGAUGUGUACAGCUUCGGGAUCGUCAUCUGGGAGGUGCUGAUGCAGAAGAAACCCUAUGCAGGAGCCAACAUGAUGGCCAUCAUCGUCAGGGUGGCCGCGGGCAAGAGGCCGGGGCUGGAGCUCAUCAGCGACGACUGGCCCGGGGAGUGCCAGCAGAUGGUGGACUUGAUGAAGAGGUGCUGGGACCAAGACCCCAAGCAAAGGCCAAGCUUUUCAGAUAUCCCUGUGGAGACAGACAUGCUGCUGGCACUGAUACAGAGCCUGGUGGUGGACCCGGAGAACGAGCGCCUGGUCAGGAAGAUGUCCCACAAACCUGCCAUCUCUGGGAACCAGCAGAGUGACAAAGAGGAGUUCACCUUCCCCCGAGACACCAGGAGUGGUGAAAGAGAUAACCAGGAGGUUCCUCUCCCACCUCCCUACAGCGAGGCCGAAAGCCCGGAGGAGAUCCUGUCCGAGGAGAUCUGCAGGGUCCACGAGAACGGGCUCACCCUCCUCCACCUCAUGGUCAUCCAGGGCAACGUGGAGAAGGUGAAGUUCCUCCUGGGCUGCAAAGCCAACGUGAACAGCCAGGUGGGCUGUGGCUACACCCCGCUCAUCAUGGCCGUGCAGAAGAGGCUGCCAGAGAUCUGCUCCGUCCUCAUCGAGCACGGCGCCGACCCCAACGUGCCGGACGAGGACGGCUGGACCCCCCUGCACUUCGCCGCCCAGAGCGGGGACGACAGGAUCGUCCGGCUGCUGCUGGACCACCAGGCCCGAGUGGACGCCCAGGAGCAGGACGGGUGGACCCCCCUGCACCUGGCGGCCCAGAACAACUUCGAGAACGUGGCGCGGGUGCUGCUGUCCCGCCAGGCCGACUCCAACACCCAGGAGGGGGACGGCAAGACCGCCCUGCACGUGGCGGCCUGCUUCGGCCACGUGGGGCUGGUGAAGCUGCUGGCCAGCCAAGGGGCCGACCUGGAGAGGAAGCAGAAGAACCACAGGACCCCCCUGCACGUGGCCGUGGAGAGGGGCAAGUUCAGGGUGGUGCACUACCUGCUGAAGAACGGGACCUGCGUGAACAGCCUGGACCAGAACCACUACAGCGCCCUGCACCUGGCGGCCGUCAGGGGCAAGCUGCUCAUCUGCGAGAAGCUCAUCAAGCACGGGGCCAACGUGGAGCUGAGGACGGACAAGGGCUGGACCCCCCUGCACUUGGCCUCCUUCAAAGGGCACGUGGAGAUCAUCCGGCUGCUGCGGCGCAGCCGCGCCCGGCUCAGCGCCCGGGGCAGCAUGGACUGGACCCCCCUGCACUUGGCCACCCGCUACGGCGACGAGCCCGUGGUCAGCGAGCUGCUGCGGGGCGGGGCAGACCCCGACGUGCCCGAGGGCUCGGGCUGGGCCCCCCUGCACUUCGCCGUCCUCAGGGGCUCCUUCCUCACCGUCAUCAACCUCCUGGAGUGUGGCGCCGACGUCAACGCCAGGAACAAGGUGGGCUGGACGCCCCUGCACCUCGCCGUGCUCAAGGGCAACAUGGCCAUCGUCAAGACCCUGAUCAAGGCCGGGGCUCUGCUGGACGUGGAGGACAUCACCGGCUGCACGGCCCUGCAGCUGGCGGUCAGGCACCAGAGGGAAAACAUCAUCACCCUGCUCCAGGGCAGGGACUCGGUGCUGAGCAAAGCCGGGAGCAGGACUCUGGUGAACGACGCGAAGGUGGCGAGACCCAGACUCGUUCCAGGAAGGACAGAUCUGUAAAUUCAGCAGCCCUGGCAUUUGUGACUUGAGUGUCCCAGUGUCAGGUGCUAUCCCUUAAGGCACCUUGUCCUGUCACCUGGUGAUUACUCUCCUCUUUUUAAAGGGAAGUUUCUAAGCAUGAACAGUAAAGAGUAAAAGAAAAACGAAGCUGCAGAAGGAAGCUGACAAGUUAUUUUCCAGGGUCUGGCCAAGCUUGUAGAACAUUCUGCCUUGGUGAUGUUGGCUUUAGGCAAUGCUUUCCUGUUUAAUACUUGCUGUGCAGGGAUGGAAAGGGGUAUGUGCAGUCCCUGUUUGUACGGGCAAUGCUGAAGCUGUGCACAGCACAUAUACGUGUCUUCCAUGGAUUUCAUUGCUUUUAUUCCAUGUUUUCCUACAGAGAAAAUUGGUGUUAAAAUGACCUUGGCACAGGUGGGAAUUGAAUCAUGAGAUCCUCACCUGCUGCUGCAAAUAGACACCAAACAUAUGGCACAGCAAUGAGUCAGGUCGCUGACAUCUCAUUUUUGUAACAAGAAUUAAAUAAAGCAAGGAAGGAAAAAAAAAAAUCCCUAGUGGAGAGUAUUUAAAUGGAUGCAGCACAGAGAAAAGGAAUUCCAGAAUGAUGCCACUCCAUCCCUUCAGUGCUUUGAGGGCACUGCUCUGCUGCCAGUGCUUUCCUCACUCCUCAGCUGCAGCCCAGGGCAGGAGGGAUAAUCCCACCUUUGGCAUGGAGUUGGUGCCCAAGGAAUUGAGGGAAGGCUCCUAACUGAAGACUAAAUGCCAAGGUGGCUCUCAGGACCCACCCUGGUCUCUCCCAGGGAUCUGGGUGGGUUUUCCAGCUCUCAUCAGUCAGGGAAAUCCUGCAGUGUAACGACUGGAGCUGGUCCUUGCUGACUCUGAGAUGAUCCAGUCCCUGUUCUGCUGCUCUGUGCUGACAGGAGCUGACACCCAGUGUGGGUUCAGUGCCUGUGUCAUGCAGAUAACAGGGCUGUGACUCCUGUCCUCUGUCCCUGAUGGUUCUGUGUCCCAGGAGAGUGGAAAAGGCAAAACCUUUGCACGUUUUCUGAUGUUUUAGUUAUUUCCUCAGAUUUUUAGACAACUCCAAGCCUCAGCGUAACUGAACUAAAUCAAGGGAGUGGUUUUCCAUCUUUCAUUUUGUUUAGUUUUCUUUUUUUGUUGUUUUGUUUGGCUUUCUUGGGUUUUGUUUGGUUUUCUUUUUGUUUGCUUGGGGGUUUUGUUUGUUUGCGGGAUUUUUGUUUUGUUU